AUAUAUUCAGUAGAUUCUCUCGAGACCACAGUAGACCUCACGAAUAGGGGUGAUACUUACAGAACGCCCACCUAUACCUCAUUUUCGUCUUGGAGCACGGAGACGCGAGAGGUUCGCAGGAUAAGGAUGAACUCAUUGUCAGUAUCGGUGUUAAAGCAGCUGGUUUUGUUCUCAGCUCUGGAUGCAAUAGAUAAUUGCUGCGCUCGCGUGGACCGCACACUGACUGCUGUGAGGAACUGUAAUGUUUCGUUCCCAAAGAGCUGUUAUUAUCAGUUCUGACCUGUGAUUUAGGAUGCCGAGGUUCCAGUUUUUAAACAGUACUAGUAUGCCAAAUCAUAAUUAUGAAUGGAGCUACGAAUACUACGACGACGAAGAGCCCGUGUCUUUUGAAGGACUCAAAGCACAUCGAUAUUCCAUUGUGAUUGGCUUCUGGGUGGGUCUUGCAGUUUUUGUCAUAUUUAUGUUUUUUGUUCUGACUCUUCUGACCAAAACAGGAGCCCCACACCCAGAGGCCGCGGAGCCUUACGAGAAACGGAUGCGUCUCACCAGUUGCGCCGAGGGUCUGGGGCGCCAACGUGAGGCGGACACCCGAACGGGUCUCUCCCGCCCAUUGCUGGAGGAGUCCCGGUCUCUUUUUCACUGUUAUAUUAAUGAAGAAGAGCGAGAUGGAGGCCGGGCAACGAGCAACGCUGGCGGUGCCGCCCACGGACGUACGGGCAGCGGCAACUCAAGAGGACAGGUGGAAGCGGUCGGCCUUGUCGUCCAAAGCAUGGGUAUGGAGACCAGGGAGGAACGAGAGGCGGCGCUCCUGGUGCAUUUCAAUAUCCCCAACUUUGUGAACUCAGAAUUGAGCUCCGCACUUGGAGACGAAGAUUUACUAUUGGGCGAUCCACCGAUCAUAAUGGAGGAGGCCCGUCCGCGCUGCACCCAUCACAUCAUUGACUAAACCACCAGUUUGAAGAUGGUUAGAUGCCUUUAGUUACUCAUUAUGGCUCCAUCACUCUCCUCAACUCAGUCUAUUAUCUCUGAAAGUGGAGAGUGAUGGGUUUCACUUCAAAAGUGGAGCUUUUGAAGAGUGAGAUUUAAGGCUGAACUAUUUUCUGACAUCUGGGGUCUACAGUGAGGCACGGCAUCAGCCUAAAAGAUGAAAAAGAUUGAAUGGCACGAAUGGGACUUUGCGAAUGUGCUCUCGACAGCAUGUUCAAAGACUGUUGGGGAGCCUAUGAUUAGAUAUGAAGUGAUAUUUAAAGAAAACAGGUUUUCUGGUUGUAGGAAGACAUUCCAGCAGAUUGCAAUGCCUUAUUGGUUCAUACUUCAUUCCUAUUAUCAGCAUUAUUUCAAAAAAUCUCUUUAUGUGCAGUAGGAAGACGUUGAUGCAGCAUUGUACUUGUGUAGCCUAAUGACAAAAUUGCAGCAAUUUGGGAUCGCACUGCCUGGUUCUCUGGGUUUGUUGUGUGAGCAAAUGCCUGAGUAGAAAAUAGCUCGCUAUCAGCACCUGUCAGCUGAAUCACUGGCUUUCUGCAGAAUAUCUGCAGUAUACUUGCAUACUAACUCUCUGUAAUUGUCUGAAUACAGCUGCCUGAGCUGCUGGAGCAAUUCAAUACUUCAGUUCUGUCUCUUGUUUUAUUGAACACCUAUAUGCCAAUAAAAUUCAGAGCAAA